AUGGCCACUCGAGUCCCGCUAAUCUUUGGAACGAUGACCUUUGGUCAUCCAGGAAAGAAUGGUGUCCGCACGGAUACUCUUCAGGAAUGUCAGGAGAUUCUAGACGUGUUCCACAAGCACGGCGGAAAGGAGGUCGACACAGCGAGGAUGUACGCAGAAGGGACCACCGAGGAGGUCUUAUCUCAACUGGACCUUCAUGGUGCUACUGUUGAUACAAAAGUGUACCCGGUCGAAGCAGGAGAUCACCAUCCGGACAAGCUCAAAGCUACAUUUGAGGUAUCUCUUCAGAAGCUUGGAAAGAUUAAGCCGCGAGUGCUUUACCUGCAUGCUCCGGAUAGAAGUGUGCCAUUCGAGGAUACAGUCGCAGCGAUUGAUGAAUUGUAUAAGCAGGGUAAAUUCGAGAUCUUUGGUCUCUCCAACUACGCAGCAUGGGAGGUGGCAGAGAUAGUGGGAAUAUGCAAAGUCAAAGGAUACGUCCAGCCCAAGAUCUAUCAAGCAAUGUACAAUGCCGUCACUCGAGCAAUUGAGGAGGAGCUUGUUCCAUGCUUGAGAAAGUACAAUAUUAGACUCGUCGUCUAUAAUCCAUUGGCUGGAGGCUACUUGGCGGGCAAGAUCUCCACAUCCAAUAUCCCUGAGGGACGCUUUGGCGGAGAAUCCGCCAUGGCUAAAAUGUAUCGUGCGCGCUACAUUCAUCAGGGAUACGCCGACGCCCUCGAGGCUAUCAGGGAAGCUGCGGAUAAACAUCAACUCAGGCUCACCGAAGUUGCCUUGAGAUGGGUUCAGCAUCACAGCGUGCUUACACCUGCCGACGGUGUCAUCUUGGGGGCGAGUAGUGCGCAACAACUCGAAGAGAACUGCAUCGAUAGGCACGUAGUUUCCGCCAAGGGUCCGCUUCCACAAGACAUAGUCGAAGCUUUGGAUCUUGCAUGGAGCAAAGUGGGCAUGAACUGUCCCAAGUAUUGGCGAUGA